AUGAAGAUCCUACAACUUGUGGCAGUGAUCGUGCUUUGCGCAGUUGCAGCCAAUGCUGCUCCUAGGGCACAAUUGCUGCGUUUCCAUCAGGUGACGCGUGAGGAGUACGAUGAGCUGCUCAAGCUGACCAACGAUGAGGGUCAAGUCUCUGAGGCUCGUCUGCUUAGCAGUCCAUUGAAUGGCAUCAAGCAUCUGGCUCACAAGACAGGCCUGUCCUCCUCCGAUUAUUUCCCCUCUUUCUUUGACUUUGACAAGAAGAAGACCAAGAAAGUCUAUCCACUUUGCGUGGUCUCCACUGAUGAUGACGAUGAUGGUGGCAAAUCGCUGAGCCACUACCACGAUGAAGCUCCCUCCGAUGAUGACAAUCAAGACAACGGUGACGGUAACGGUAACGAAAACGAGAGCAAUGAGGAACAUGAGCACCACGGUCAGAAGCCUACGACCACAUUCUGCACACUGGUGGUGCAGGGUGGCGACAUCGGUGGCAGCAGCGCAAACAGCGGUAGCAGCGGCAAGCCCAAGCCCAAGCCUAAGCCAAAGCCAAAGCCUCAUCACUCUGGCCACCAAUCGGGUCACCAAUCUGGCCACCAGUCUGGUCACCAAUCUGGUCACUAUCCACCCGGUUAUCCCAACCGUCCACCUUAUCCACCACCAUUCUGGGGUUGGUAUCCCAUCUACUACCCACCACCUGGCCCAUAUGGACCCUAUGGUCCCCCACCUCACAGCAAGCCACCGAAAGAUGAUUGUGAUCCCAAAAAAGAAGAUUGCCCAAAAGGAUUUUUCUGA